CUUCAUCUCCCUUCUCCGCCUUCGUUGUCGUUUUUGACAGUCAAGUUGGUAUUGAUCGCUGUUUCUCAGUGGGAUUGCAACGAGAAAACAUCUUGUGAUACAUUUGUGACAGCUGAGCUGACCAUGGACUUUCUUUUAUUCUUCAUUGUGGCUGUGCAAAUACACAGCGUGGUGCCUGUGAUUCACACGCUGAAGUAUUUCUUCACUGCGUCCUCUCAAGUUCCAAACUUCCCAGAGUAUGUGAGUGUUGGUUAUGUUGACGACGUUGAGAUUGUUCACUAUGACAGCAACAGCAGGAAAGAAGAACCCAAACAGGACUGGAUGAACAAAAUCACAGCACAGGAUCCAAAGUACUGGAAGAGAGAGACAGACAUUGAUAGAAACAAUGAGCAUAUCUUCAAAAACAACAUGGAUGUUCUUAAGCAGCGCUUCAACCAAACUGAAGGUGUUCACAUUUACCAGUUGAUGGUCGGCUGUGAAUGGAAUGAUGAGACUGGUGAGGUUGAUGGAUGGUCCCAGGACAGUUAUGAUGGAGAAGACUUCAUAUCAUUGGACAUGAAGACAUGGACAUGGACCGCAGCAAAACCACAAGCUGCCCCCACCAAACAUAAGUUGGACCAUGACCAAGCUUGGAUGGAAUAUAACAUGUUUUACUUCACUGAGGAUUGUCCUUCUUACUUGAAGAAGUAUGUGAACAAUGGGAGGGAGGUCCUAAUGAGAACAGAGCUUCCAGAGGUGUCUCUCCUCCAGAAGACUCCAUCUUCUCCGGUCAGCUGCUUCGCGACAGGUUUCUACCCCGACAGAGCCAUGAUAUUUUGGAGGAAAGACGGCGAGGAGCUCCACGAGGACGUGGAGCACGGAGAACUGCUCCCCAACCACGAUGGAACCUUCCAGAUGGCGGUGGACCUGAAAGUGGAGGUGACGGCCGACGUGGAGGGCAAGUACGAAUGUGUGUUUCAGCUGGCUGGCGUCAAGGAGGACAUGGUCACCAAGCUGGAGAGAAGAAGCAUCCUGAGCAACGCGAGCCAUGAAGGCUGGACUGUCGCCAUCAUUGCCACGGUGGUGGGCGUCACUGUGGUCCUCCUGGCGGCCAUCUUCCUGUACGUGUGCUACAGAAACAGACAAGUCAAAUACGAUCCAGCUGGUCAUGACAGUGGGUCAGAUGUCUCAAAGGAACCGUUGGCUGAAGAUUUUGUGGGACACAGCAAGCUGCCAUGCAGUAACGUGCUGACACCUUUUUCGACAAAAACUCAGACCAUCAGCAGAGGAAUGAACUGCUAAAGAAAGGGUGUGCUCCAUCAAAGUUACUUUGAAUCCCAGAUAGGGUUGGGCGUUGAUGGGAACCGGGACUAUUCCAAUUCUGGGACAGCUAGGAUUUAGUGAGGAUAAACGGUACGGUACGGAAAUGUCUCGUUUUAGGAAAAUAACUGAAUUCACAAAAGCACACACACCCAAACUACAAAAUAUCUCCUGUAUGCGUGCAAAAUUAAACAUAGCAACCGAAACGACAUACAGCUUCAUUAUUGCAUAUGGUGCUUCAUUUGGGCACACUAGUUAGUUAUGCACACCCUGGACUGGUGGCCAGCCAAUCACAGGGCACAUAUAGACAAACAACCAUUCACACUCACAUUCAUACCUAUGGACAAUUUGGAGUGGCCAAUUAACCUAGCAUGUUUUUGGAAUGUGGGAGGAAACCGGAGUACCCGGAGAAAACCCACACAUGCACGGGGAGAACAUGCAAACUCCACACAGAGAUGGCCGAGGGUGGAAUUGAACCCCAGUCUCCUAGCUGUGAGGUCUGCGCGCUAACCACUCGUCCGCCGUGCAGCCUGAAAUGAAUAUAUUUAGUUUUUUUCAUCAUGUUUUCCUCUGUAAUGACUACAUACAUAUACUACUACUACAUACAGUUGUGUAGGACACAAGAGCAUAGUUGCAAAGUGGGGUGCUUAUUGGGGUGCUUAUUGGCCUGCUUGAGAAAUCGUUAACCAAUAGGGCCGUCGGGAUUUCAGAGCCAAACACAGAGACCACAAGAAAAGGCAGUGAUUUUUGAAUAAGAUAUGUGGAAUCAGAAUGUCUUUCUGGGAUUGGAUUCAAUCAAUCAAAAGUGUCAAAUAAAUCUAAUAUGGGCAAUAUGAAAUUCUAUGAUGAUGUGGGAUCUGAGCCACAUUGGGAAAUAUGAUUUCAUCUUUUUUGUCAUAAAUGUACAACUUUUUUCUCAGAUUUUAAUUUUCCAAUGUGUUAUUGUUGCUUACACUGGCUCAAAAUGUCUGAAUGGGGUUUCAGCAGUUCAUCAGGCUGAUGUUUAUCUCCAUGUAAUUGCUAUGUAAUCAUUUGGGGUUUGUGCAAUGUUUUUCAAUCUUUUGUUGUGUAAACCAAUAAAUGUUGCUUAAGGUUUCAGUA